UUUUAACGAGACGCAUACGUCUUCCAUAACGGAAGCUCAACAAUAUUUAUUUGUCUAUUAUUAUUUGACAACUCACGCUUUCUGGGUAGCUGUGUGGAAAUUUCAUAAUCUUCUUAAAUUUUUAUAGUAGACGAAGCCGCAGCUGGGAAUGAAUCGAAUUUUUAAAAACUCUUUAAACCCAUGUUCUCUUUUUUUUCUGGAGGGCUAGGCCGGCGCUGUUUACGCAACUCAAGCGCAUCCAUCAGUGCAGACGAAAGGCGCUGAGGCAGACUGGACGCCCAUACAAUGCACAGACAGGGAGUGUAGCCACUCCUUGAUGAAGGCUCCGCAUCUGCACUGUCCAUUCUGCUCCCAGGACAGUCUCUUCACUGAGGAGAUUCUCCUCAAGGCGCACUACGUACAGGGUCAAGUACGUGGAUAAAGGCAUCAACUUUGGGGGAUGUCAACCAGAUCUUCACCACAUACACUGACCCAGCACCCAACAGUACCAGCCUGGUAACACACCUCAUAGUCCCCCAGUCACAGCAGCCAUCGGAGACAGACACAUCAUCCCCGGGGCUAUGAGCAGACUGAUGGGCAGCAGCCGCAGAUCGAGUACCAGUAUGCCUGCAUCAAUGAUCCGAGUCAGAGCACUGCCAAUGGGGAAGGUAAGAUGUUGUCCUUAUUGAAAUACCAGAUGAAGGAAGCAAAGAGGAUUUGGAGGACGAGACUUGCUACACAGAGCACAACUUGUCGCUGCUGCUGCAGGAGAAGGAAAGUCUGGAGAAGACUCUUGAGGAGGAGCGGACCACGUGGGCCCAGACAGAGCACAGAAUGAAAGGUACUAUAGAAAGGCUUCGUACAAAGGUUGAGUAUUUGUCCAACACAAACAUGUCACUCAAGCAGCAGCUGUCCAUGAUUCACACGUCCAGUUUGAAACAUCUAACCAACGACAGUGAGAACCAGUCCAUUUUGCAAGAGUUACUGCAACACAUGUCUGAGGAGCACACCCAGUUGCUGCACCACCAUCUAGCACAGCUACGACUGUACGCUCAGGCCUGCGCAUUAUCCAAAUCAGCCCCCGAGGAAUCUGCAGCUGAAUCUACAGUCUUGGUACCAGACCUGGCUGACCAAUCACAGGACAUCUCACACAUGGCCAUGAUGUCGUCCUCGGAGGGCACCCUUGGGAACAUGGAGCAGACAGUCGUCAUGACGAUAACGUCUGAGGAGGAUUCGGAGCCGUCGGCAACAUCGUGGAUAACCCCGGAGAUACUGUGGGACAUGACUCCUUGACUUUGGAUAAGGACGUUCACUUGUCACCAAAUGACAUUCUGUACCAACUGACAAGCGAGGGACUGUCAUCAAGACAUGCCACCUCUGAGUCGGGUCACGUUUAUCAAUCAGGUAGAACUCAUUCACAUCACAACACAGGCUGUGAUGUCACGCAACAGGAUUUUCACAAGAACAAAAGUUGAAAAUUGGUUCUUUCCAACAGCAUGCCAAAAAUAUUCUGCCCCGAUGGCUUUGACAAAAGAACGUUUGAUGACAACAUGUCAAAUGAGGGACCACCAUUAAAAUGUGGGAGAACUAACAGCCUGAAAGCCACUUAACUAAAUAAAACCGGACAUAUUUUGUAAACAGUGUACACUCAGUGUUGUCCGAGGG